AAUUAUAGUUCCGGGCUGUUUAAUUAACGCGUUUAAUUCUGCGUUGGAUAAACAACAAUGCAGGACUGCUGUUCGAAAUGACAACUGGAGUCAGCUGACUGUUAAAUGUCCAGGUUAUGUAACAGUGAAGUUACUACUGUAACGUGGAAACCUUUCGCUCCUAGAAAGAUACAGACUAAGUAACUUGUCUUUUAUUGUUUUUGUUAUGUUCGUCAGCAACAACUUGUCCUUUAAGAGCCAGAAUGCAAGACGAGAAUGAAUUAGAGCCAAACUCUGGAAACUGGUCCUGGUGGCCAUCUUGGCGGCCAACAUCUAUGUCCUUGCUGAAAAGUGCAGAGGCUAAAAUUCUUGCCUGUAUCAAGAAUGAUUUGUGGUCUCGAUUUGUCACGCUGCCAAAUCAAAACAGAAUAUGGACCUUGAUAGUGAGCAACAAGUCAGCACGCAAACCUUCAGACCAAGCUUCUCAGAUACCCAUUGUAAUGGUUCAUGGCUUUGGAGGGGGUGUCGGCCUUUGGAUCCGAAACCUGGACGCCCUAAGCCGCUCACGUUCAGUCUACGCCUUUGACCUGCUUGGUUUCGGGCGCAGCUCUCGUCCUGCCUUCCCCGAUGAUGCCACAUUAGCUGAGGAGCAGUUUGUAAAUUCCAUAGAACAGUGGAGGCACAGCCUGGGGUUGGAGCGCAUAAUCCUAUUGGGCCACAGCCUAGGAGGUUACCUAGCAACGUCAUAUUCCAUCCAGUAUCCUGAGAGAGUCAGUCACCUCAUUCUGGUGGAUCCCUGGGGCUUCCCAGAGAAAACACAGCCUCUUCAAGAAGGCUCAUCAGGUCAGGUUUCGGAGGUCAAAAGACCCGGACCGCCUCGCUGGGUGAAAGCAGUGGCAUCUGUUUUGAGUUAUUUUAACCCUCUGGCCAUCGUCAGAUUAGCCGGACCAUGGGGUCCAGGACUGGUGAACAGAUUCCGGCCUGAUUUCAGAAGGAAGUUUGAAGAUCUUUUUGAUGAUAACACUAUUACUGACUAUCUCUAUCAUUGUAAUGCACAAACACCCAGUGGUGAGGUGGGAUUCAGAGCCAUGUGCGGGUCACUUGGCUGGGCAAAGAAGCCAAUGAUACACAGAGUGAACCUGCUGCCAUCUUCCAUGCCGGUCACCAUGGUGUAUGGUGCUCUGUCCUGGGUGGACAGUUCCACCGGGAACCAUGUCGCCCAGAUCAGAGGCCAGAGUCCUACACAGGUGGUGUUGAUUGACGACGCCUCUCAUCAUGUGUAUGCAGAUCAGCCUGAUGAGUUCAACCAAGUAGUGGAGAACAUCUGCAACACUGCUGUCUAAAUGUUCCUGAACAGAAUGAAGGACUCUAUAUAAUGUUUUCCUACAUACUACCUUUCAAUUGUUUUUUUAAACAUUUUCUUUUUUAGACAGCACAACAUUUAGAGGUUUCAACAGACUUAAUCAUCUGUUAAAGGUUAUGGGUGAAUUAGUUGGUAAAUUCAUUAUUUGCAAAUUAAUUGUUUGUCAUUUUUAUUAAACAAAUUAGCAUGUCCUUAUUUUACAGCAAUAAGUUUAAUUUAAUCCUUUAACAGCUUUUUAUGUUAUGAUUACAAAUCAGGAUGCUGCCAAACAUCUCUCGAUUGUAACCUUACAUAACUCAGCAUAAUACUUACAACAUUCCUAUUUUCACCUCAAGUCGUUGGUUUGACAUUUGGAAAGUCUGGUAGCAUAAACAGUGAUACAAAAAUGUAACCUAAAAUUGUAGCUACAUCAUUUGUGAUUUAUUAUAUCAAAUCAGCUCUAAAUUUACAUUAUAACGCUUUACAGUGAAGACAAUCCCAGGUGCUGAUUUAAUGCAGAAGUCUGAUUACGGAUUGUGAUCAUUGAUUAACUUUGACAGUAAAAUAGUUCCAGAAAUUAAUUUCUAUUUAUUAUUCUGAUUGUGCCAUGUGUAUAUUCUUCUCAGUUGUACCAUUAUUAAAAGUCUACUAGAUGUAAUAUUUAUAAACCUUAGACAUAUAUUUAUUUUAGUCUGUUGUAACCAUAAUUGUAAUAUUGUAUUGUGUUUUAUAACCUGGAAAUCGGAAAAUAACACUCUGUAUAUUUUA